AUGUGCCUGGUCAUUCUCUUCUGUUGUUGGCAGCUGCAGGAGAAAGAGAAGAAGAGAAGGCAAGCCCUCACAGGUGGGGGAACUUGCCAGAGAGAAGCAGAGCAGAGAAGGGAGCCGCAGAGAACCCAGCAAAGCUCUCUGGAAGAGCCCUCCGCGGCCACCUACAAUGAAUUACCACUCCACAGAGAUUCCCUCUUCCCUGUGUGUGACAAAUCUGGCGAUGUCGGUCACCAGCUCUCCCAAGCCAUCUUCAAAGAUGGUACUGCCCCUUCCUUUUGCAUGGCUUCCACAGCUCCUGGAACAAAGGCCUCGUUUAUUCUGUCCUCUCUGCUCCCAGGUAACCAGGCAGGGCAUCCAGCUCUAGUCCGUCCACCGGAGCCUUUACUGCUGGCUCAGUCCAUCCUCUCACCUAACCGCUCUGCCCCGCUAGAAGGCUUCUUCUACCCGUCCACACCGCUGUGUAACUCUCUGACAGCAGAGUCUACACUUCCCUCAAACCCUCCACCCUCAAACCCUCCACUUCUCCCGGACCCCACCCCACCCUCUUUUUCUCUUCCAACACUUCAGAAGUCAGAAGUGGUCUUUAAACCGGAAAUCACUAGACCUCUGGUGAACACACUCAAUGAGAUGCCCACUAAUGUCCUACCAGCCAGAGGCACUGGCUAUGUAAGACAAGCAAUGCCACAGGCCUCCCAGCAGCACCCUACUGCUGACAACCAGUUAUCUUCAGACUCAGAAAACUCCUUCAACCAGCAUCUCCCAGCACCCCAUGUUUUUCAAGUCUCUUUACAGGGAGACAGAAGGACCUACCAUCUAGAACCUGAACACCUCUUUUCUUCCAACUCCGAUGACCUGAAACUGCUCCAAAGGCUAGACAAGAAGGGGCAGAAUUUCCUGAUAGCAAAGAAGAAGGAGGAGGAGGAGGAGGAGGAGGAGAAAGAGGAGGAGGAGGAGGAGGAAGAAGAG